GCUGCCACAGCAAGGAGAGGUGCUAUGAGCCAGUGGGCCCCUCUGCUCCCUGCCUGUCUCCAUCUCCCCCAGUCAGAGAGCAGCCACAGAGCUGGGGAGCCACCUCCCCACAGCUUGAUGGCAAGGUGAGCUCAGCCCCCUCUGGAAAUGGGCCCCAGGCGCUCAAGCUGCCAGUCACCCAGGUGCUGCGGCCCUGGGAUCGGGGCGUUUUACAUCGAUCGCCUGCCUCCCAUGUGUUCUAGCACUGCCCACCCCGCGGCCUGUGCAAGCCCCGCCUCCCUCCCUCCUGCCAGCAGGAAAAUGCAGCCACUCCUGGGGUGGCACGUGACUGACGGCGCCGCCAACGCUGUAAUGCAGCAGCUGGGACGCGCCCGGGAUGGAGGAUGGGCAGGUGGACCCAGGAGUCCUGCCCCAGGCCCGUGCUUCAGUCUCUAGAGCCAGCGCAGCACCCAGACAGGGCCUGCUGCUGUGUACCCCAGGCCUGGCCCUGCAAUGAAGGCGCAGGGGGAGGUGAGCCCAAGAAUGACAAGUGGCCAGUCAGCACCAUCUCCGCCGAGAUCCCUGUGGCCACUAUUGACCCUCAGGCUCACAACCGGCCGCUCACCUCCGGGAGCCAGCUGCAGGACCGGGGCCUGGCUUGGCACGUCCAGCCCCAGCCGGCUUCCCGUUCCGCCAGCCCCAGCCACAGGCUUUCCCCAGCCUCAUCCUGCCUCCACCCGCCUUCAGCACGGGGUGGGGGAGCCUCCCUGUGGUCGCCCCUUUGCCUUGUGGAGCAGCAGUUGGCACAGGGCCGGGGAUAGUCCGGAGAGCCACCGUUGCACACUCGUGUGCCCCGCACUACUGGCGCCUGCCAGGCCAGGUGAGCUGGACACUUGCUGAGCCCAGCCUAGCAGGGGGAGCCCUACUGAGGUCCCUGCCGUGCCCCACCCCAGCAUGGGGGGAAUCAGAAUGGGGUUUGUGGGGCAAGGGGUCACCGAGGUGCGAUGGAGCCCCUGGGGCAAGGGGGCGGCCGGCUCGAGGAGUGUCUGUGGACAGAAGCGCCGGUGCCGGGGAGGAGGCUUGUGACAGAGGGCUCAGCAUCCUGCUAGCUGCAGCCUCAGCAUGAGUUGCUCUUUAACCAGCCCCCUGUUAAUGAUAAACGCUGAGCAGAGCGGAGAGGCUGAGGGAGAAGGGAGCUUCCCUGAAUUCAGCUCCCGGAGGGAGCCAGGCAGCCAUGCCCAGAAGCCCUUUGCCACCCAGCCAGAGAGCCAAGAGUGGCACUGUGCGCCCACCACCCCCGCUGACCCCAGGCCGAGUGCCGGAUAAUGGGCUAUUGUGUGAGUAUUUCCUCCCUGGAGCAGGGGCCCACCCAGAUAAGACGCCAAUCACGCCCACACUCCCUGGCGUGCCACGUGGGCAGAGCUGCGAAUCGGGCAGGUAGGCUGCACCCAGGCUGGCACAACGCACUUUGUUCUAACCCCAGGGCCUUCCAGCCCUCCCCACGCAGCGCGGGCCAGGCGUUCUGGGCGAGGCUGCCUGCCUCCUUCGCUGUCCCACCCGGCUCCGGGCUUGGAGAAGCAGAGGCCACCGCGGUCGGUACCAGCUCCCGGGGCUCUCCCGUGCCACGGGCACCAUGCCAGUCAUCCAGCUGAACACCCGCUCCUUGAUCGCCCCCGUGGGGAUCGUCCGGUUCUUUGAGAUCUUCCUGUCCUGCACGGCCUUCAGUCUGGUGGCUGCCAGCUCGGUCCCCCGCGACAGCUAUGGGGCCUGGUGCAUGUUCACCUGGUGCUUCUGCUUCGCGGUGUCCGUUCUGAUCGUGGUGCUGGAGCUGGUUGGCCUGUGCGAGAAGCUGCCGCUAUCCUGGGAUGACUUCACCAGCGCCUUCUCCAUGCUGGCGGCCCUCAUGAUCUUCACCUCCUCCAUCAUGUACCCUUCCACCACCUUCGAGAACCCUUGCAGUGGCAGCGGUUCAGCCAUGUCCUGCCUCUGCUUCAUUGCCUAUGCCGUGGAGGUGGGACUGACCCGAGCCAGGCCGGGAGACGUCAGCAGCUUCCUGGCCACAAUCCCGGGCCUGCUGAAGGUGUUUGAAGCCUACGUGGCUUGUCUUAUCUUCUCCUUGGUGAGCUACCCCGGGACGUACAGCGGCAAACCCGGCCUGCAGUGGUGCCUCGCCGUCUACAGCAUCUGCUUCAUUGUCACCCUGCUCAUCAUCAUCCUGACCGUCGGCCGGUGUCUCACCUACAUCCCCUUCCCUCUGGAGAAAGCCCUGGUGGGUUACAACGCCGUGGCGGUGCUCAUGUACCUGACGGCUGCCGUCGUCUGGCCCAUCUACAGCUUCCGAAACAACCCCAGGCCCGAUUCCUGUGGCAGCAAUUGCCCAUGGAACAGACAGCUGGGGGUGACCUUCCUCACCUUCUUCAACCUCAUCGCCUACGUUGUGGACCUGGUGUACUCCUCCAGGAUGGUCUUUGUGACCGUGCCGGCCUGAGCGCGUGCGACCGGCCGCACCCGCUUGCAGCAGGAGACCCUGGCGUGGUAGGAAGGCACAAGGGCCGUCCAGUGCACUGGGGAGUUUCUCCCCCCACGGCCUGGCCUUCUUGUCCAGCCCCAGAGGGUUGUGCUGGGAUUGGAUUUGGCGGCCGCUGCAGGUGGCUGGCUACAGCUGGGGCCUCUGUGCUGCUGCAGGGAAUGGGGGCGUUCCUUGCAGGCCAUGUUUGCUGGGGACGGGGCAAGAUGGACACCGUCGGGCCAUGCUUCUGGCAGCCUGUGAGGGAGUGUGGAAAGGAGGGGGCUCGCAACCCAAAGCCCUCUGACGCCAAAAGGAGGCUUGGCAUGGCUUUCCACAGGUGCUGCAUUGGACCCUGGAAGCCCAAAUAGCCCCCGGGGGCUCGGGGAGGGUUACGAGUCCCGGCUAGCUCUCAUCUGAGCGAAGGCAGGUCCACGGCGCCCAGGCCUCCCUCCCGGAAACGAAAGUUCAAGGGCUGUGGCUAAACAAACAAAUGUGUGUGUGCUGAGAGGGCUGGGUGCCCGCUGGGGGAGG